CGGCAUAUAUACCUUAAAUUAACAUAACAUCUUAGAGUCUUUGACAAGUUCCAAAAGAGUAACUUAACAACAAAAUUAGAGCUUUGAACUACUGUUGUGGUAUAUUCUUCACAACACAGGUCCACCCACUGGUGAGGGUUUUGAAAACCUACAGGGUACUUUGAAAAUCAAGUACUUAUAUACUAGGAUCUUCUGGCAUUAGGACUGGAACUAUUAAAAGUGCAUCAUUCAAAAAGUUGAAAUGGGUACCAGUGUGUGCUGUUGGAUUUUAUGUUUUUGCAUUUCAGCUGUACAAAGUAAGAAGAACAUUUUGUGUCAUUUAAGAAUUUCAUCACAUUAAUCUUAAAUCAUAUGUAAUAUAUUAUUAUUCAAUUAACAUUGAUUAAUAUUAUUUACUGUAAUUGUGUUAUGUUCUCUUUUUUGCAGCUAUAAAUGGCUUUCUCCAGUUUCAGUCUCCGGCACUCGCACAUGUCUCAGUCGGAGUCUCUGUAGAAUUAAGUUGCACAUUUGAGCAGAAAGUUCAGUACUGCUUUAAUGCUGUAUUAUGGCAGAAGCUGAAUCUACGAACUGGUCAGUUCAUGACAGUGAUAAGCCCCUAUGAGAAUCAUGUCCUUGGUCUUGAUGGUAAAUCUUGUGUUUUGACUCUCAAUAACUUGACUUCUAAAGAUUCUGGCUUGUAUGUUUGCAUUACCCAUUUUAACUCAAUGGCUAUGAUCGGCAAUGGAUCCAGGGUGAUCGUAACUAGAGAUGACUGUGUUCCAGAACUCUCCAUCUUAUACUCGCCUCCAGAAGCUGAUUCACCAUCAGUGCAGCUCCAGUGUUUGGUUUUUGGAGUUGUCCCAUUUCAGGUGCGGGUUUUCUGGGUGAUUGGAGAGAAAGUGCACUCUGGAUGGACCGAGUCAGCCUGGACAAAUGACACUGAUUCAGCCACAGAAUUCACCAGAGCUCAUCUCUCUGUUCCUGCAGACGAGUGGACUGAAGCUGAGGAAAUUCAGUGCUGUGUUGAAUAUAAAAGCCAAAACUUCUCUAAAUCUCUGAAGCUUUCAUUAUUAGGUUUCCCAAGAACUUCCUGGCUUAUCUACUGCAGCUGUGGAUCAGUAUUCCUGUGUAUGGCUGUAGCCUUCAUUGUUUGUUUAUGCCAAGGUAAACAGAGUGCAGGGACUGAAGAUAUUUCAUCUGUAAUGUUUUAUCCUGUUGAUCACUUCAGAUUAGAACAGAAAUUAGGUCCAAAAAAAAUAAAGGAUGUCAGUGGAGAUCAGAGUUAUUGAAAAGAAUUUAAAGGAAUGUCAGAAUAUGACAAACAUUACGUAAAAAAAAAAAAAAAACUUUUAUACUUAUACUGUUUAUCAGACUGAGAUUACCACAUAUUCUUUGCUUUGCUUUCUUUUGUGUUCUGGCUAAGCAUGAGUUUUGCAAUUAGCUGUUCUUGAGUAAAAUCUAAUGAAUAAGUUGUUGUUAUUUGAUCAUGACUCCUCUUGGCUUCAAAUAAACAAAUCUAAAAACUU